CAAACCAAACCAAACCAAACUCUCUUCAACACGCAGCCUUUCUUCUUCUCCAAUUCUCUCAUCUUCAAUCAAUUAACCCUUUUCAUUUCUUCAUCUUCUCUCCUCUGCAAUUCCAUUCAUUUUCUCUCUUUUCAUUGUCCAAGUAUUUUCUCAAAAUAUAUUUGAAGAAGAUCAUCACGCUUAUCUUGUGCAUAAAUAGUUUUACGUGUGCUUUUAGUGAUUACAUCGUUUUUGCUGUGAUCAUGGAGUCGUCGGGGAUGGGAAGAGCGAUUGCAAUUGCUUUUGAUUUUGCACCCGAUGAGACGACGUCACUCUCGUCUCCGCCAAGGGUGCCGACGAGGAUAAAGAAAAGGCUUCUAAUGGAGUGUAACAAGGCACCCAGUACUGUUGAAAAAAUCGAAGCCAAGCUUCGACACGCGGAUCUUCGCAGACAGCAAUUCUAUGAAAAUGUGUCAACCAAGGCACGGGCAAAGCCAAGAAGCCCCUCACGGUCCUUUUCUCAUGAGGAAGACCUUGGCCAGCGCCUUGAGGCGAGGCUUCAAGCUGCUGAACGCAAAAGGUUGAGCAUUUUGGCUAAGGCUCAAAUGCGUCUAGCUAGGUUAGAUGAGUUACGGCAAGCAGCUAAAAUGGGGGUAGAGAAACGUUUUGAAAGGGAGCGGGAGAAGCUUGGAACAAAAGUGGAGUCGCGAGUUCAGCAAGCAGAGGAAAACAGAAUGCUUAUUCUAAAGGCUUACAGUCAGAGAAGGGCCACAUUAAAGGAGAGGUCAUCCCAGUCAAUGUUGAGAAGGAUGACUCGUGAGAGCAAGUAUAAGGAGCGUGUGCGUGCAGCAAUUCACCAAAAACGUAUAGCUGCUGAGAAGAAACGAUUAGGUUUGCUAGAAGCAGAGAAGAAGAAGGCACAUGCUAGGGUGUUGAAGGUGCGGCGUGUUGCUAAGUCUGUCUCUCACCAACGUGAGAUUGAGAGAAGGAGAAUGAGGGAUCAGCUGGAAGAUAGACUACAAAGGGCAAAGAGCCAAAGAGCAGAGUUUUUGAGGCAAAGAGGAAGACUGCAUAAUUCUGUUAGAUUGAACCAGAAUAGGAAUGACAAAGAGGCUGACAUUCUCUCCAGAAAAUUAGCAAGGUGCUGGCAGCAGUUUCUGUUGAAGAAAACUACUUUAAACUUGGCAAAAGCUUAUGAUGCCCUGAAAAUAAAUGAGAACUGCAUCAAGUCAAUGCCAUUUGAGCAGCUUGCUGUUUUGAUUGAAUCAAAUACCACCCUCCAAACUGUGAAAAGUUUGCUUGACCGUCUUGAGAGCCGCUUCAGAGUCUCCAAGGCUUUUGCUGCUACAAACCAAUCUUCAAGUUUGGAUAACAUUGAUCACCUGCUCAAGAGAGUUGCUACCCCUAGGAGAAGGACUACUCCAAGGCCUUCUAUGAGGAGCAGAGGGGCAAGGAAAGUGGGGUCUGUUAAGGAUAUGACAAAAUCUCCAGCUAAAAUGUCUAGGUAUCCAGUGAGAAUAGUUCUUUCUGCAUACAUGAUCUUGGGUCAUCCAGAUGCAGUGUUCAGUGGUCAAGGCGAGCAAGAGGCUGCUCUGGCCAAAGUUGCAGAAAAAUUUGUCCGUGAGCUUGAGUUGUUGAUUAAAAUUAUUUUAGAGGGUCCUGUUCAGAGUACUGAUGAAGAAUCAGAUUCUUCGGUCCCAAAACGUUGCACUUUCAAGUUGCAGCUUGCGAUAUUUGACAAGAUGUGGUGCUCUUACCUAAAUUGUUUUGUAGUUUGGAAGGUUAAGGAUGCUAAAUUGUUGCAGGAUGAUUUGGUGAGAGCUGCUUGCCAGCUUGAGCUCUCUAUGAUUCAGAAAUGCAAGUUGACUCCAGAAGGAGAUAGCAAUGGUCUUACACAUGAUAUGAAAGCAAUUCAAAAGCAGGUAACAGAAGAUCAGAAGUUACUAAGGGAAAAAGUGCAACAUUUGAGUGGGGUUGCAGGUGUUGAAAGAAUGGAAUGUGCUCUAGCUGAAACAAGGUCUAAAUACUUCCAAGAAAAGAAUGGUAGAGUGCCAGUAGGGUCACCUACUGAGCACUUUAUAUCUCAAAGCCCAGCUAGCUUGCCUCCUGUUUCUUGUAUUGCUAGCAGCUCAGAUGGUACUCUUGAGGAGUCUAUUGAGAAGCCGAGCUGUGUUGUUCGUUCUCUAUUCAAGGAAGAUGAUAAACCUCCAUCAACUGCAUCUAUUUCUAAAAGUGCAGCAAAAGAGAAUGAAUUGAUUGUGAAUGAGUUUCUCCACGAGCACCUUCCUUUUAUUGAUAGCUACAAUGUCAAUGGUGAUCAGAACAGUAUUAAGGAAAAGAUAAGAGAGACAAUGGAAAAAGCAUUCUGGGACAGCAUCAUGGAAUCUGUAAAAAGGGAUAAGCCAAACUAUGACAAGGUUAUUAAACUUGUUAGAGAAGUGAGAGAUGAAAUUUGUGACAUGGCUCCACAGAGCUGGAAAGCAGAGAUAACUGAAGCUAUUGACCUGGAAAUUCUCUGUCAGGUGCUGAAAUCUGGCAACUUGGACCUUGAUUAUCUGGGGAAGAUUCUGGGGUUUGCAUUGGUAACCUUACAAAAACUUUCUUCUCCAGCAAAUGAUGAUGAAAUGAAGGCUGCUCACCAGAAGUUGUUGGAGGAGUUAGCGGAAAUAUGUCAAGCUGGCCAUUUGUCAAGCAGCUCGCAUGUUACUGCAAUGAUCAGGGGUUUGCGCUUUGUCAUGGAGCAAAUUCAGGCUCUGAAGCGAGAGAUAAGCAAGGCACGUAUAAGAAUCUUGGAGCCUUUGUUAAAAGGGCCGGCUGCUUUGGAAUACCUUCAAAAUGCUUUCACUAAUCGUUUUGGACCUCCUGCUGGUGCGUACACUUCUUUACCACUGACUUUGCGGUGGCUUUCCUCUGUGUGGAACUGUAGAAAUCUGGAAUGGGAGGAACACACUAAUAUGCUCUCAACUUUGCUGAACGAGGAAAGUUCAUCUCAAGGGCUUCUACCUUCCACCGUGCUCAAAACUGGUGGAAGCUUUUUUUUCAGAACAAAUGAGAUGUCUGUUUCAUCUCUUGCUGCCAAAAACGCUACAGGUGGUCAAAAGCCAGAAUGCAGUGGUGAAAUAAUCGAUUUGUUAGUGAGGCUUGGCUUGCUUAAAUUAGUGACUGAAAUAUCUGGUAUAACACCAGAAAUUCUGCCUGAAACAUUUUUCCUUAACUUCUCAAGGUUGAGGUCCGUUCAGGCCCAAAUUCAGAAGAUUAUUGUAACAUCCACUAGCAUUCUUGUUUGUCGGCAAAUUUUAUUGAGUGAAAGAGUAGUGGAUAAUCCAGCGGAAAUGGAAAGCAUCAUAUCAAAAUGCAGCAAACAACUCAUGGAGCUUUUGGACUCCGUGGAAGAUGUGGGUGUUGAAGAAAUUGUCGACACUAUCAGUGGUUUCCUUGGGGAUGGUGAGAAACUUCAAUCAAGGAAGAACUUAGUAAGAAGGUUGGUAGCUAAGAGCUUACAAGCAGAGGAUCCUGUGUUCAAAAAGGUGUCUCGGGCUGUUUAUUUGGCUGCAAGAGGGGUUGUACUUGGAGGAAGUGGGGCUGGUGGAAAGAAAUUAUCAGAAAUAGCACUUGGGCGGGUUGGAGCUGGUUCACUAAGUGAGAACGUGGUGAAAGCUUCGGAAGUGCUGGUGGUUGCAGCCACUGUAUCAGUCAGUGUUCACUGGCCAUGGUAUGUAAAUCUGAUUGAUAAAAUGUAAUACAUUCACAGGCCAUGGUUUAUGUGAAGAAUAUACUAAUAAGUGUUGAUAAAUAAAUGCACGCAUGUAUAUAUAUUGUAUAGUGUGUAAGGCUAUGCCUUGUUUCAGUUUUAAGUAGACUGUAGAUGGUGUAAAUUACUUUGGGUGUAAUGGAUAUUUCUGAUUCAAGUUUUUUAUUUUUUAAUUUA